UCCAGCUCCGAACCGGCCCUGAAACACCGUUGGUGUGAAUGAGGUAAUAGAGGACAACUAUGGCCAGGAAGCAGGACAUGAAACAGCAGGAGAGCGAAGAGCUGGAGGAGGAACAGUGGAAAGAAGAAGAGAGGAGGAAGCAGCAGCAGGGCAAGAUAGUGCUGAAGAAGAUAGUGCCGAAAAAACAAGCAUCCCAUUCUGACGGCCCAAGUUACCAGGGAGAGAGCAAUAAUGAUCAAGAUAUCCCUGAAUGCUGGACAUCUAACAUGUUUAGACAGAAAACUAAGCAAUACCCAUGGCUAAUAUGCCAAAACAAAAAACUUGGUUGUCUAACCUGCCAGAAGAUAAAAGCAGUUGGGCCAAAGGCUGGUGGGAGCCAGGUGCAUAUUGCUGACGAGUGGUCUAAAGUUAAAGUGACAGCCUAUGGUGCAACCAGAGCAGCACAGCUGCAGUCUCUUCGGAAGAAGAUGCACAAGCAUAGAAUGUCAUACUAUCAUCAAGCAGCUGAGAAAACCAUGGAAACAGCAAAAGAAAAAAGAAUGGAAACAUUGACUUCAGAUAUGCAGAGGGAUCACUUCUUGACUACUGAUCGAGUAUUUCGCACAGUUUCCAAGAUUGUGAAAAAUUGUGACCAAAAACCAUGAUUUUGAAAAUCUUUGGAAACUUCUAUUAGAUGGGGGAGAGUGGAGUAGGCAGCCAUUGAGAAAAUUGGUCCUCUUUUGUA